GGGAAAAGCACGCCGGCGCGCCCCCACGCCUCGCACUCCGGACAAUUAGCCGCCCGCGACGGGCCGUCGAUCGGGGAGCCCCCCUCGGCCGCGGCCCACCAUGCCCGGCCCCGGCGCCGGCCCGCCCGGCUGGCUGGUCCUGGUGGCCCCCGGGCUGGCGCUGCUGGCUCAGCUGGCCUUCCCCCGGGCCGCGCAGGGCGCCGCCGGCAGCAGGACCCUCAUCCUGCUGGACGUGAGUGCCCGGAGCCCCCUGCGCCUCACCAGCCCCAACUUCCUCUCGCUCCAGCUCGACCCCUCCGUCCUGCAGGACGGCUGGCUGGACUUCCUCAGCUCGCGGCGCCUGGUGACCUUGGCGCGGGGCCUGGCGCCCGCCUUCCUCCGCUUCGCCGGCAAGAGGACCGACUUCGUGCAGUUCCAGAACGUGCGGAACCCGGCCAAGAGCCGCGGCGGCCCCGGCCCCGACUACUACCUCAAGAACUACGAGGACGACAUCAUUCGCAGUGAUAUUGCCUUGGAUAAACAGAAAGGCUGCAAGAUCGCCCAACACCCAGACAUCAUGUUAGAGUUACAGAGGGAAAAGGCAGCUCAGAUGCACCUGGUUCUCCUCAAGGAGCAAUUCUCUAAUACAUACACCAAUCUCACGCUAACAGCCAGGUCUCUAGACAAACUCUAUAACUUUGCUGACUGCUCUGGCCUCCACCUCAUCUUUGCAUUGAAUGCUCUGCGUCGGAACCCCAACAAUUCUUGGAACACCUCCAAUGCCCUCAGCCUGCUCAAAUACAGUGCCAGUAAGAAAUACAACAUCUCUUGGGAGCUGGGCAAUGAGCCAAAUAAUUACCGAACCCUGAUAGGGCGAGCCGUGAAUGGCACCCAGUUGGGCAAAGAUUACAUGCAGCUGAAGAGUCUACUGCAGUUGAUCCGCCUUUAUUCUCGAGCCAGCCUAUAUGGACCCAACAUUGGAAGGCCUAGGAAGAACGUUGUGUCCCUCUUGGAUGGGUUCAUGAAGGUGGCAGGCAAUACAGUGGAUGCUGUUACCUGGCAACAUUACUACCUUGAUGGCCGAGUGGCCAAGGUGACGGACUUCCUGAAAACACGCCUGUUAGACACACUCUCUGACCAGAUCAGGAAAAUCCAGAAAGUUGUCAGUUCACAUGUGCCUGGGAAAAAGAUCUGGCUGGAAGGCAUCGGGGCCACCUCAGAAGGAGGUACCACCAACCUCUCAGAUUCCUAUGCUGCCAGCUUCCUGUGGCUGAACUCUCUUGGGAUGCUGGCCAGCCAAGGCAUUGAUGUGGUGUUGCGUCACUCAUUUUUCGACCAUGGGCACAACCAUCUUGUGGACCAGAACUUCAACCCAUUGCCGGACUACUGGCUGUCACUGCUCUACAAGCAGCUGGUUGGGCCCCGGGUACUUGCCGUGCACGUGGCUGGACUGCAGCAGAAGCCUCGUCCUGGCAGGGUGAUUCGUGACAAGCUGCGCAUCUAUGCUCACUGCACCAGCUAUCACAACCCCAAUUAUGUCCGUGGUUCUAUUACACUCUACAUCAUCAACUUGCACCGGUCCCGGAAGAAAAUCAAGCUGGUGGGUACUCUUCGAGACAAACUUGUCCACCAAUAUGUGCUGCAACCCUAUGGUCAGGAAGGGCUGCACUCUAGGUCCAUGCAGCUUAAUGGGCAGCUGCUGACCAUGGUGGACGAUGGAUCCCUGCCUCAUCUGAAACCUCGUCCCCUUCGUCCUGGCCGGACCCUGGUUAUCCCACCACUCACGAUGAGUUUCUACGUGGUAAAGAAUGUUAAUGCUCUGGCCUGCCGGUAUCGGUAGCUCUGCCCACCCCAUUGCCAAGAAAAGACCUCCUAGGCCUCUUGAGGCACCUGUUGGCAAAGGGCUUGCUUCUCAGGUAGGUGUGGCAGACAGCACAAGGAAGGAUGGGAAACUUUGUGGGGUGUCUGAAAGCACUGCCUGGUCACAGCCCCCUCACAGACAGCAGCUGUUCUAUUCUUGACACCUCCCUCUACAGUAACAAGCCUGUGCUGAACUGGGAAAGGAGGUAUGUUUUCUCCUCUUGCCUAAAUUGGGUUAAAUUCACUUUUUCCUUCACCGGAAGAACAUUAUACUACAGCCAGCAGGAGCUGCCUGGUAAGGUGUCCUGCUGGAGAAUGGGGUACAGAGAUGCUGCUGCAGAAAUGUGGAAGAGUAGGGAAACUUGAAUCGUAUGCAAAAAAAUUUAGAAAUCCAAGGAAGCUGCCUCUGCCGGCCUCUUCUGCGUGGUACUGACAACCUAAGGAACAUCUUAAACCCUGUGUCUUCUGCAGAGAAAAUGGUCAGAACAUGAGGACUUUGUGCCACCUUGUGGAAAGGUGAAAAAGCUUUACAGAAGUGUGCAUGAGCAAAGUGCACCCUCUGUGCACCUAUCAUUCCUGUAGCUGCCUUUGAUAAGAGGGACCUCAGAAUCCUGGCCCUUAGGCUUUAUUUAUGUGGGAACCACUCCCCCUGCUGGCAAGAGAUAGAAGCAUCUAAAAACCAGAACAGCGAGUUAUGCAGCUAUUAAACAUCACAUGGAGUACAGUAAGAGUCAGCUGUGCAGGACCCAUAAAGAUGGAGAAGCCAGAACACCCUCUUGGAGAAAGAAGAAGCUAAUAGUGCUGAACAGUGAAGUCAGUCCAGAUAAGAAUUACCAGGAUGUUUGCAGCUACUCAAGUCCAACAGCAUCGGGGGUGAGGAGAAGAAGUUUGGUCUCGGCCACUGUCAAUAAUGCUGCCCCUGGGAGCAUUUGCUGUAAAUGUUAAUUAUUAAAUUAUAUUUUCUGAAGAA